CACCGCCGCUGGGAGCCGCUUCUGGGAACGUUUCGGGAACCUGGAGCCACGGAGGGGAACAACGUCAAACUAAAGGUUCGUUCUGCUCUUCAUUCCAGUCAGAUCCCGGUUCAGCCUGGUUCUGGUUCUGGUUCUGGUUCCUGAGUCCCAACGGAACAUUUUCAGACUUCAGGAUCAGUUUGUGCCUGCAGGGAGAGGAGAUGGAGGUUUGCCACACUGGAUUCUACACUGAGGACUUCAGCACGCAGGAAGUGCCUGCAGGAUUCGACUUUGCGUUUUAUGACUGUCCCGGUGAAGACCCGUCCCUCCUGUUGGACAGUAAAGCCUUCGGGCCGCAGCAGUACUUCUCAGAACCGCCUAAAGCUCCAAGUCUUUACCACCACAGCAAAGGUACCGCCGAUACCGGACUCUUCAACCUGGACUCACACCAGGACUUUACCUGGUUGUACCCGGACGACGGUCUGACUCUGGACCAGAACCAAGCUGGGUACCAGGAGGCCCUGCAGACCUACCAGAACCUGCCUCAGGCCGGACCGUUCAGCCCGGGCCUGGAGGGCAGCCACAGCCCGUUUCUGACCCGAAAAGGAGCCAACCCGUUCCAGAAUCAAAGUGAUCAGAGUUUCUACGACUCAGACGGACGCAGACAGGUUUCCUCCUUCUGGCCUGAAUAUUCACCUCCCAGCUUCUCCUGCACCCCGCUUCACCCUCCUCCUCCUCCAUCAUCUUCAUCAUCAUCACCACCAUCAUCAUCAUCAUCCUGCCCCUCCAACCCUCAGCCUGCAGAGCUCUACUGCCCCCGUGUGGCCAAACGCAAAAACACACACCUGCAGAGGCCGGAGAGGGAGGGCCAGGUAACAGGAAUGUCAGCGUAUCCAGGUUCUGGUCCCAUCCAGCUGUGGCAGUUUCUACUGGAGCUUCUUCUGGACUCGGCCUGCAGGACCUUCAUCUCCUGGACCGGAGACGGAUGGGAGUUCAAGAUGUCUGAUCCCACCGAGGUGGCCAAGCGCUGGGGUCAGUGCAAGAACAAGCCGAAGAUGAACUACGAGAAGCUGAGCCGCGGCCUGCGCUACUACUACCACAAGAACAUCAUCCACAAGACGGCGGGCAAACGCUACGUCUACCGCUUCGUCUGCGACAUGCAGGGCAUGCUGGGAAAAACGGCGCAGGAAGUCCUGAGCAGCCUGAACGUCUCGCCCUCAAACACAGAGACAUGGCCGGCGUCCGGGGCGGCGGCGCCGGCCGAGCCCAGCGGCGGGCCCUGGUGAGGGCCGGGUCCGACAGGGUCCAACUGGUCCGACUGGGUCCAACUGGGUCCGACUGGGUCCAACUGGGUCUGACCGGGUCCGACCGGGUCCAUCUGGGUCUGACCGGGUCUGACGGGUCCGACCGGGUCCAUCUGGGUCUGACCGGGUCUGACCGGGUCCGACCGGGUCCAUCUGGGUCUGACCGGGUCUGACCGGGUCCGACCGGGUCCAACUGGGUCCGACCAGAUCCAACUGGGUCCGACUGGGUCCGACCGGGUCCAACUGGGUCCGACUGGGUCCGACCGGGUCCAUCUGGGUCUGACCGGGUCCAACUGGGUCCAACUGGGUCCAACUGGGUCCAACCGGGUCCAACCGGGUCCGACCGGGUCCAACUGGGUCCAACUGGGUCCAACCGGGUCCAACCGGGCCGGGUACUCUGGCAGAACCAGAACAUCCUCAGAGGAUAAAUCUGCUUCAGGAAAUGUCGAGACGCUUCAUUUCAGAGAAACAGCAACAACCAAAACAAACAAAUCAACUUUUUUAAUAAAAACUUUGUUCAAACCAGAGAAGAUCUCCGAACCGCAUUUCACCCGAUGCCCAGAGGACAAGAGUAAAUAUUGUUUAUAAGACUAUCUGGUAGAGUUUUGUGCAUUAUUAUUAUUAUUAUUAUUAUUUUGAUACAAAACUCAUUUCUACCUCCUUUGCUGCAGGGAAGAACAACCUGGUGUUUGGUUCAGACACCGGGAGAAAAUAUUUUGAUGAGUUUCUGAUGAAUAUUUGUGUAAAUAAAACUAUUUCAGGGGAAAAUUGUGUUGAGGUUUGUUAUAUCUUUGAACCAGCAGGUGGCGCUGUUGGCUGAUUCCUCCUAUUUCACUGCAUCUUCCAUGACAAUAAAACAACAUGAAGGUUUUCUGGAUGAGGAUUCGGCGGUUCUGAAGCGUCACAGGGAAUAAACUGGAAACGUUGAGUUGAUUCAUUUGGGUCAGUUUGAUAAAAGGUUGUGAAGUUUUUACUGGAAACAUUUAAUCUAGAAACAAGGAAAUUUCACCAAGUAUGAUGUCUGAACAUGACUGAACAUAUUUUGGUUGUUUGUUGAUGAAUUGUGGAUUUUUUUACAAGUUUAUUAUAAAUGAGGUUUUUACUGAAAAAGAAAAUCAUUA